AUGGGGUUCGCGCGCCCGCCUUUCCACCCGUCACGAUGUAGACCCGCGAAUCUAGGAGACCGGCCUGAGCCGGGCGGUUCAUCGUUUAUACUCGCCUCGCUUAAAUCUGUUUCAGUAAAAGUAGGCUUUCUAGAGCUACACCGCGCGCGGUCCUGGUGGUCACGUCGCGUGCGGGGCCUGGUGGUCACGUCGCGUCUGACGAGCGCCGCACGAGAGCUUUUCUCCCACACGCUCGUGUGUACGGGGAGUUUCUACAUCGCUAGCGAGCGAUUCCGAAAAUUAAAUCGGAUUCACUUUCUCGGGCUCUGCUUUUGUUCUUGUUUAUGUGUCUGUCCGUCUUUCUCUCUCUCUCUCUCUUUCCUUAAACCAGCGGGACAGAAAGUGCCGAAAAGCCCUACAGGGAAAUAUUUACUCGGACGUUUGUUUAAACGAGCUCGUCAGUAUCUCACGCUCCUCCUUUCUGAUCCGCCCAAGGGCCCGGGCGGUCGAGGCACUUUGUCCUCCCUCGGCCACCGUCCGCAGCGCGGUGGGAGGUAUUUUGUCCGCCGGGCGCCGCCGUACGGGAUAUCAGUCACCGAGUUCCAGGCCGCCGGAGCGUGGGGCUUGCGGGAGCCGGCUGGCGUUGCCGGCACCAUGGAGUCGCCUCUCAGCCCGGGCCUCUCUCACCGAGCCGAGGAGGAUUGGGAUUCUGCACUGUUUGCUGAACUUGGCUAUUUCACAGACACUGAUGACCUGCAUCUGGAUGUAGCAAAGGAAACUUACGAAAACAAUUUUGAUAAUCUUGAUUUUGACUUGGAUUUGAUGCCUUGGGAAGCAGGCAUUUGGGACAUCAACAACCAGUUCUGCACAGUUAAAGAUGUUAAGGCAGAACCUCAGCCACCUUCUCCGGCCUCGUCAAGUUGUUCGGUCUCCUCUCCCCAGUCAGUGGACUCUCACUCUUCAAGUCAGCAUGUUCCUGAGGAGUUGGAUUUGUCUUCUCCUUCCCAGAUGUCUCCCCUUUCCCUUUAUGGUGAAAGCUCUCAUAGUCCCUCCUCAGCAGAGCCCCUGAAAGAAGAUAAGCCCAUUGUUGGUCCUAGGAGCAAAACUGAAAAUGGACUGACUCCAAAGAAAAAAAUUCAGAUGAAUUCAAAACCUUCAAUUCAGCCCAAGCCGUUAUUACUUCCAGCAGCACCCAAGACUCAGACGAACUCUGGCGUACCAGCGAAAACCAUCAUUAUUCAGACAUUACCCACACUUGUGCCCUUGGCAAAGCAGCAGCCAAUUAUCAGCAUACAUCCUGCGCCCUCUAAAGGUCCGACCGUCGUGCUUUCUCAGCCUGCGGUUGUACAGCUUCAGGCUCCGGGAGUCCUGCCCUCUUCUGCCCCAGUCCUUGCUGUCGCCGGGGGAGCCACACAACUACCUAAUCACAUGGUGAAUGUGGUGCCGGCCCCUGCGGCAAACAGCCCAGUGAAUGGAAAACUUGCAGUCACUAAACCUGUCCUACCAAGUACCAUGAGGAACGUGGGCUCGGAUAUUGCCGUGCUAAGGAGACAGCAACGUAUGAUAAAAAAUCGAGAGUCUGCUUGUCAGUCCCGCAAGAAGAAGAAGGAAUACAUGCUGGGCUUGGAGGCCAGGUUAAAGGCUGCGCUUUCAGAGAACGAGAAGCUAAAGAAAGAGAACGGAUCCCUGAAGCGACAGCUGGAUGAAGUCGUGUCAGAGAACCAGAGGCUUAAAGUUCCUAAUCCGAAGCGAAGAGCGAUCUGUGUGAUGGUAGUGUUGGCAUUUCUAGUGUUCAGCUACGGACCCAUGAGCAUGUUGGAACAGGAUUCCAGGAGAAAAAAUCCUAGUGUGAACCCUGCAAAUCAAAGGAGGCAUCUUCUAGAAUUUUCUACUAAAGAGGUGGAAGACACAUCAGAUGGUAUCAUCCAGAAAAGUAACUACAGAUACGAUCAUUCUGUUUCAAAUGACAAGGCGCUCAUGGUCCUAAGUGAAGAACCACUGCUCUAUAUCCCUCCGCCUCCUUGUCAGCCCCUGAUUAACACCACAGAAUCUCUCAGGUUAAAUCAUGAACUUCGAGGAUGGGUUCACAGACAUGAAGUGGAAAGGACCAAGUCAAGAAGAAUGACGAAUAAUCUACAGAAAACCCGUAUUCUUCAGGGUGCUCUGGAGCAGGGCUCAAAUUCUCAGCUCAUGGCUGUCCAAUACACAGAAACCACUAGUAUCAGCAGGAACGCGGGGCGUGAGCUCCAAGUGUAUUAUGCAUCACCCAGAAGUUACCAAGACUUCUUUGAGGCCAUCCGCAGGAGGGGAGACACGUUCUAUGUGGUGUCAUUUCGAAGGGAUCACCUGCUGUUACCGGCCACCACCCACAACAAGACCACAAGACCAAAAAUGUCAAUAGUGUUACCAGCAAUAAACAUAAACGAGAACGUCAUCAACGGGCAGGACUAUGAAGUGAUGAUGCAGAUUGAUUGUCAGGUGAUGGAUACCCGGAUCCUCCACAUCAAGAGCUCUUCGGUUCCCCCUUACCUCCGAGAUCAGCAGAGGAAUCAAACCAACGCGUUCUUCGGCUCGCCCGCAGCGGCCCCGGAGGCAGCCCACGUACUCAGCACCAUCCCGGAGUCACUACAGUAGCCUCUGAGGCCGCGCAUGAAAACCCGGUGGGACCCUGCCGAGCUGGCGAGCAGGGGAGAGACCUGUUCCUGUCUGCCCUCUUGGUGGCCAGCAGAGAGCUGGGGUUCAAGCGACGGUGAAAGAAGUUGUUUCUCACCAUCUGCCGGAAAGCACGGACAUUCAGGCACGAGGCAGACCGCCUUUCUCCAGCGGCAGAUGCUGCCAGCAUCCUCCGUGGCUGCCCGGUGUCGAGUUUUUCCUGUACCUUCCUCAAUUGCUUUUCCUUCUGUACUUCUUUUGUGUUUAAAUAGUCAUCGUUAAAAUAAGAGCUUCUUCCCUUCUCUGCCAUUUCACUUACUGACAGAUUUUUAUUUACAGUUGUACAGCACACUGAUGUUCCCAGCAAUUAAGAGUUUUUAUUAAUUUAAAGCCAAUCCAUUGUAGAUACAGUGCUUAUUGGAAAUAGAUUUCAAAACCAGAACAAUGAAAAAUGUCCCCAAAAGAGUCAAGACAAUUGAGAACUUUAGUAAAAGGGGAAAAAAUCCCCAUUGGUAAAGUUGGUCUUGGCCAGGGAAUGGUGGCUCCCACCUGACCCGGUGUGUGCAGAACCGCGCGGGGCGCCGGGGGAAGGCCGAGGGCAGAGAGCGUCAGGGAAGGGCAGAGCGCGCGCUGUGGGAAGGAGCGGGCUCCGUUACACGCUCGAAACGCUGCAAGUUUUGAUGUGCCCGGAGCGGAGGGUGAAAGCCACGGCAGCCUUCAUUUUAAGGCCCUGCAGGUUAGCGUACAUGCUUGUAUGUGCUCUUUCCUCGUCCGGUGCAGGUCCGCAGGGACCCCGGGAGAGACCCUUCAGCUUUGCUGUGAAUCCCCACCCAUAACACAUAACAUGAUGACACCGAAUUCGGCUGAGGGACACGCAGCGUGCUGUUAAGCAGAUGAGUUUUUUCUCCUCAUGAGAAUUGACAAGGAUUUAUUCCUCAAGAUUGCAGACAGGCUGGCUUAGACUCCUGCUCACGGAGGGCAUCCCACAAUACAGCAAGAAUUCCCAGUUUCUCCAGUGAAAAGACAGUGAAGGAAUUAACUUUUUUGUCUUCCCAUGGUUGGGAAAAAACAAAAACAAAAAACAGCCCUACUGCAUUCCCUCAUCUCUCCCUGUACUCUGACUACUUUCUUCUCACUGAUGUUCUUCUGCCUUCAGUUUAUAAAGUGAGUCCUGUCUACGAAGCUUCACACUUUCUUGCUAGAACCGGUUCUGCAGACACGGCUUCUUACCCUAAUCUGCUUGCCGGGGUCGGCUCUCAUGCCUUCCAGUCCCUGCUCCGGCCUUCCGCUGCUCUGAGCCUGAGGAAAGACCGUCGGUGCGAGUCCUGCGGGGUGCCCCAGCCCCCUUCUGCCCACGAGGGCCAGCCUGGCUCCUGAAUAAUCCCGAAGAAACUUCUGGAUAGCGGCGCCUCUGCCUGAGCUCAUCAGAUGUGCUCUGAGAUCCGUGUGACUUCGUGUGGCCAGCGGGGCACUCUGCUGCCCGGCUCCCCAGCAAUCUGGGGUUCGGCCACGUUAAUGAGCCUCACUCUGCCCCCACCCCGCCCCACGUGAGCCGGUGAGAGUCCAGGCCACGCGGCCCCCAGUGCAGCUGUCGGGGCAGCGUCCACAUGGGAACCCCCUUCCCGGGGCCAUUCCUCCUCUUACGGGCUCCGGGCCCGUCGGACAAAACCUGCAGGCGGAGGACAGCCUUCCCUCGGGAGUGUCUCCUCCCGUCCCGGCUCUUCCUACCCGACGUGCGCACCAGCCGAGCCAAGAGCCAUGGCCCCAGCCAGCGGGAAGGGGGCCGUGGUCCUUCCCAAGCUCUUAGUCCACUGGAGCUGUCACAGCGGUCACAGGCACAGCCUUACGGACGGUGCUGCCUCUCCCGAGCUCCGACUCUCACCCACACACGUCCCUGACGGGUCUGACCGACAGUGGCAGUCAUGUCCCAUCUGCCCCCGAAAGACGCCUCUCCCGCGGUGGGGAUGCGGGGGCCAGCAGCCUGGGAGCCGCACCCGCUUUCUCCCCGUUACUGGUUCUCGAGGGGAUCGUUGUGGGAUGAGGGAGCAGCCUUCUCCUCAGGGUGAAGUCCCCGGAAGGGAGAGAGCAGCCACUGCGAAGCAGUCCUCUGCUUUUGUAACUGCCGUCAAAGCUCACUAAUUCCUGCGCGGUUUUGACGUAGUGUCUGUGCUCCCACCCGUCGGCCUGCUGGGAAGGAGAAGCCGGCUCUGACUGAUGAAUAUAUUAAGCUGCUUUUUGAGUUUUAGGAUAAAAUUGCCUUUUGGGGAUUGCAGCCUGGGAUAUAUAUCAGUAUCUUAAUUUAUUUUUUUAUUAAGUGGGAUUUUGCAAGCUUGUGGGAUAAUGAGAUACACUAGAGGAGUCAAGUCCACCCAUGGGGUAGAGAACUCUGUCCCCUCUGUCCCCCGACCCCUUCGCCCCCAGGCAGUGCUGGCAGGCGCGGCCGGGAGCGGCUCUCCCACCUGCCUGUGAGCCCCGCGUGCGGAGGCUUCGUGGUGGCAGAUGGUUCCUCGCGCUAACUACUGGGUCAGGCGUCGGGGCUCCCCGCCCUCCAGGCUAGCGCCCCCAGCAGAACAGACAAACGGCUCCAUCAGCCUGGUCGUGUGAAUAGCCUCUCUCCAAAGCUGGGAUUUCUAAAAGAAUCAUCUUGAAUCAAAAGUUUGCCAUGCUUGUCAUCCAGAAGCUUUCCAUUACAUUACUGGGUGAGGUUUAUCUUUUCACAAGUACAAAAACAAAAACAAUCUGUAACUGUAAAAGCUCAGAGCAUCUCCGAACUUUUCUCUAAAUGCCCACAGGCCCCAGCACCAAGCAGACACGUCUCUGCCUUCUCUUGUGAGCAAGAAGCAGCCACGGAGGUAUUUGAAAGCAGAAAUGUUAUGAGUCAUUCUUGAGCGGGAAUAAACAGGACUUAGAAACAGACAAGCAACUUGGGAUUCAAACUGAUUUUUCUAUCCUUUUUAAAGAGACACUGUCCCAACAAACCUUCCUGGCCUGACUCUUCCACCCCAGGCAUGAGCCCCCGUUGGCACAGCAGUGACCCCGAUGAGACGGCCAUGGCUGUGGCCUUUGGUGCGAUGGAAACCAGACCCCUCUUCAGCUCCUUGUGACAUUUGCACUAAUUUCUGGCUCUUGCCCUCUCACUCAGCUCAGGUUAUAAAACUUGACAGAAAAAAGAGCACAGGGAAAAACCCGUAUUUGACUUUCAAACACUGAAAAGUCUCCAAAUGACUUCUACUUUCAGCUACAUAGAAGAAGUCACCCCUUUUCACCAACGAGCCAGAGUCUGACCCCAUGUCCCCUGCAGCCUGACCUCAAGGACAGUUUCCACCUAGUUAAGCUCGGUCCACUGCACCCACAUGGGCCGACUCUGCCUCCGGCAGGAGAUUCCCAGAAACUGAACUUUGAAUGAAGCCUUUCAUCCCAUUGGUUGGUUCAUGCACAUUCACCUCUCAAGAUCACUUCAUGCUGGAAUCGACAGAUGCUUAUCACCACCUCUGCAUCCCCACAUUUUUAUAGAAUGCUACUUUUGUCCUUCCGGAGUCAUUCUGAUUUACAGAAAUUAGGAUCUUUGCUGCUAAUAUGAGCACUAAUUAUAUCACAUACCUUAAAAACAAGAAUAAAGCCUAAAGAAAGCAAAUGGGAGAAAUUCUCGUUCCUACCCCUAGUCACAUUGGGGGGGGGGGCAACUUCUGUGUCCCCUACUCCUAGAGGUUGUGGUUGAUUUUUAUUUUCUAGAGAAACAGAGCACUGGACUACCCAAACACGUCGAGUCCAGAUGGAACCGUGCACGUAAAAGAAAUGCCGUUUUCUCCCACCUGACACAGAAAUCAGAGUGGAGCCUGUUAACUUAUAUUUUUAGUGACUAAGCUUAAAACAACAUUUAUUUUAGAUAAGCCUAGAGCUUUGAGCAGCUUGUUCUAAUAGUUGUGUUAUCUGUCGGAUUAUGAAAAGACUGACAAAGGCAUCGUGAUCAGGAAAUUUGUUCCUGGGUGUGAAUCAUGUCGUGGCUAGCCACUGCCAAAUAGUGGACACUGGUCUUGACAUAGCGGUUUGCUGACUUUAAGCAUAAGAGACUUAUAAUAAUGCCACAUUAAGAGACUUAAUUAUAUUAGUUUGGGGAACCAAGGAGUAAAUAAAUCAUAGUUUGUCAUCUGCCAGGGUCAGCAGACAGCACCGCUCGUAACCACUAGUUAAACCAAGAGGCUUGAUCUAAGUGGGGGGCCGCCCCAGAGAAAGACCGGCGGGGUGACUUCUUCACAGUCAGGAUCUAUCAGCCCAUUCAACUCACACUCAGCCCUACUGCCAGGUCAGUCACCUAGAUAAGAGGGGAAAGAGCUUUAGAUAAAAGCUCCCAGGUACUACUGGCCUUAAGACAACAGUUUCCUGUUUCUCAUCAUGUUGGCAAGCGUGGCUGGGCUAAGACCAUGUGCUUCACCCCAGAGCCAUAAGAACCCGGGGAGAGAGCGUCCACCAAGCCUUCCACCAGGGUUUUCCUUCCGAGGCUGCAUCUGCGCUAAAUGAAGAGCAGGUUAAAGGUAAGGAGGAACAAGGCGCCAUCCUCUCCUGCGGCAGCUGCGUCGGUUUACGGUGCAUCAAGAAACCGUGACAACAGACUUAAUGCGGUUGUAAGCAAGUCUUCACAAUGCAAUACUUGUUCUUUGUCUAAGAUUCAAAUAAAGAAUUUUUAAACUUG